CCACGUCUUCCCCUGAUAGCAAAGCUAUUCCACUCGGGCUGUACAACACAUGACUGGGGUAUAUAAGAUAUUAUAACUCCCCUGGUGUACUAUCUACCAAACUAUCGCCCUCCGACACGGAUGGUCUCUUAAAACAUACAUGGUCCCCGAUACAGUUUGCCCUCCGGGAUAUAACUCCGAUGUUGCAAUAUACCAAGUCUACAUCUAACCCACGGUUUCCCAUACACACAUUCAUCAUGUAUUCGUCACCGCUUCAAGAAUUCACGUACAAAUCCACGCACACACACCGCCAUCGUCAUCCCAUCAACGCCACAGCUAUCCACAGAAGUAGUGGAAAAAACUUUUCACGACAAAUUCUCUCCAAGUUGACAUGAAAAUGCCGGAACAGGAACAGCAAGAGGAACAACCAGAAAUGGAGGCUUGCAUGAGCUACCUGGCGCGGCGCAAGCCGCGGAAAUUUUUGAUGGAUUUUAGUUAUUUGGACAUGAUUUGGUCUGAGGACACAAAGCUAAUUAUACGAGCCGGUGAUUAUCCACCAGUUGUAAUAGACUCUCCAAGUCGCCUGGUAUCGAUGGGCCAAUUCGAAAAAGGUGGAUUUAGAUCAUGUGAUACAUGUGAAUUGAAGGCUGACCGAGGCUACCUACUAUGGACCAAUCCAAGGGGAUCGAUCGAAGUCAGGUUUAAAUAUGGAACACAAGGAGAUGACUUCAGUUGUUACAUCGACCCCCAGCACCAAGGGGUAAGGAUAUACGAAAACCGAGGCUUCAAGAAGACCCAAAUCAUCGAUGGAAAAAAGCCCAUUUCGGGGAGCGUGGACCCCCACCACAUCAAGACCCCGGUGCGUCCUGGAGAAAAUAACUUCGAAUUCCGCUCCCUGAGCGGAGAGGUCCGACUGGAAUUUGAAGUCAUUCGCGAUCCAGACUUUCCCAAACCGAAGGCUUUUAAGUUCAAUUACGUUCUCGCGCUGUGAUUUUGACGUUGAUGCCUUACGAUGCUAAUGACACAGGCGACAUGUUUUAAUGGCCAGGAAUUCGAGCCUUGAAGACGCCAAGGGUUCAAAAGUGACCCUGCUGCCUUAGUCAUCUGCUGUGAAAAUAUUCGUUGCCGCUUCGUGAAUAGGUGUUUGAGAUAUUUAUUGGAGAAGUGUUGGUGUGGAGUACUUUUGUCGCUUGUUUCAGAUUUUCUUUAAUCGUAAGAGGUUGGGUGUUGGCAGGAGACCCGAUCAUCAAAAUUGUCCUAUCCGAAAGCUAUAGCGUCAGGAGCGUCUGAUGGUGCGCCGAGUUGACAUUCCAAAGUACCCAAGAUAAAUCUUUUAUGCAACAAUUUCAAAACAAACAAUUAUGAUUUGCUGUUAGACAAGGGGACAUAUUCAAAGAUAAAUGAAUGAUGAUGCAUCAGAACGCUACUGCGUGUUCCACUUUAAUGGGAUGCUCCAGGCUGGAGAUAUUCAUUUCUCAAUAAAUAUAGUAAAAUUCACAAAGCAAAAUGCUGAAAAU